AUGACUAACUUGGUGCUAAUUGUGCACUGUACAUCGAAGUUAGCAAAGACAAUUAAGUACAAUUUCAGCGACGAUCUCGACUUGUAUGUGAUCUACAACUUGGUUGUGCUAAAUGACUAUAUUUCAAAGCUUUUGACCGGGCACAAGGAUGGAGAAAUCAAAGUUGUGCUUGUGUACUACGAUUUGCCAGAUUACCUAGACGCUAUCCGUCUACUACUCAAAAACAGUAGUGAUGAACAAGUGAAAAAGCACCAUAAUAUCUAUGUGGAGCUGUAUAAGCAACAAUUGACGCUUUUGGCUGGAAGUACGCUUCCUCGCGGGUCUGCAAGUACAAAAUACAACGUCACCUUGCCUCAGGGCCAAUCGGAUAAAACCAUAGGAUUUAGGACGUUCAUGGUUUUCAAUGUUUCACAUUUGCAACCACUGGACUAUAUUCUGGAGGGCAAUUGUGGGAUCCAGCAGCUUCUACGAUUUUUAGCUCUUAAACACGGGGCAUACUUUGCAGCAAUAUCUGGGCAGUUAGAGGAGGUAGAGGAUCCAGAGAAAGCUCUCCUCAUGCUCUCAACCUUACAAGGUGAGUUGAAGAAGAGCAACGAUGAGGAGUUGCAAAUAUUCAAAUCAGAAGGCAGUCCUAUCACUGACAUGCUUCAAUUGCACCAGUGCCUCAUGUUGGGAUGGGACCUGUGGAGCAGGAUCCAGUUAGUGGCGAAACUGAUUCCUCGAACUGAUGAGUCGCCCUUGCUUGAAAACGACGUUGAGACAGAAGAGUUGAAUGACUUGUAUGAUGAGUUUCUCGAGAGCAGCGACGAGCGAUUUGUGGAGAAGGCAAAGCAGUUGGUGGGAUACGAAGAGGAACCGCAGAAGCCAGAGCCCCCUAAACCGCUUUCAUACAAAGAAAUCGUUGCAAAGAUUGAGAAUGCUUUCAAGCAAUGA